CUUGACGACCAUUCUUUACUUUUGUGUUUUGUUUUUUUUUCUUUACCUUAAGGUGGGCGUACCUUUAAACGUGCUGGUGGUUUGGGCGCUCGGACAACGGCAACGCCGUCUCAUCCGCAGAGGCAGCAAGGAAGAGACUCGCGCCGCCAGCAGUUUCCGAACCUACGUCCUCAACCUGGCGCUGGCGGACUUGGUGCUGAUCCUGCGGACGCCCCUCAUGUUGGGAUACCUGGCUCACAACAACAGUUGGCCGUUCGGUUUGGCCUUAUGCCGGCUGGUCAUGUUCCUGCGAGGCUUGGGUUUGUACAUGUCGGCCUUCCUGGUGUGCGCCGUGGCCCUGGAGCGAUGCCUUUGUCUCCUGAAGCCCGUGUGGGCUCGCUUGCGGCGCCCCGCCUGGGCCGUUCCUUUGGCCUGCGGCUUGUCCUGGCUGCUGGCCACCAUCCUGUCCGCCCCUUACCUGCACAGCGCCGUCCUCAAAGAAAUCAACAGCACGUACCAGUGCCUUGAGAGUGGCAAGUUUGACACGGGGCUGUUCGUCACCGAGACGGUAGCGGGUUUCAUCUUGCCCCUGCUGGUGUUUUUGGGAAGCAAUUUG